AGAGGUCUCUUUAGGAGAAGAGACAAAAAGAGGGCGGGUUGGGUUUCCUUGCAUUGUCUUUCAGAUUUCGAGAUUCUUUUGAGAAAUGCUUCCCAGAAGUCUGACUGGUUGUCAGGGCGAAAGUAUCUCCAGCCCUCUUUGUCUCUCUCCACUGCUGCUCCAUGCUUCUUCUGCGCCUUUGUAAAACUGUAUUCGGGAAAGUGUUCUGUUGAGUGGAGAAGGUUUGGUGGUGGACAGGACAGGGGAAUGGGGAAGGAGAGGGCACGUUAACCCUGGAUUAAAAUAUUGACUACCCGGGAAAGGAGCGGGAUGGGCUCUAAUUCCGAACAUCAUUUUACAGGGGGCUGUGCAAAGACGGAGGAGGAGGAAGCCACCGGCUCCGAGAAGGAUUUGGGUUCGUCUCGUGGCAGCGGCGUGUGUAAAUGGUUCAACGUCCGGAUGGGGUUCGGGUUCCUGUCAAUGACCAGCAGAGAUGGGACACCGCUUGAGGAGCCUGUGGAUGUGUUCGUUCAUCAGAGCAAGCUGCACAUGGAGGGCUUCCGAAGCCUGAAGGAGGGCGAGGCGGUGGAAUUUACCUUCAAAAAGUCAUCUAAAGGCCUAGAGUCUGUCACAGUGACUGGGCCUGGAGGAGCACAGUGUGUGGGCAGCGAGAAGAGACCCAAGGGGCCACAGAAACGACGCUCCAAAGGGGACAGAUGCUAUAACUGUGGAGGACCGGAUCACCAUGCCAAAGAAUGCCAGCUACCUCCUCAGCCAAAGAAGUGCCAUUUCUGCCAGAGCAUCAGUCACAUGGUGGCCAACUGUCCAAUAAAAGCACAGCAGUCCUCCCCUGGCUCUCAGGGACCAGCAUCAUUGCUGAAGGAAGAGGAAGAAGAGCAGAGCCACACCCCUUUGCCUCCCAGCAAGAGCUCUGAUUGAUCGAUUCAGGGAUUCAGCCAAUCAAAAUGUUUCAUUCGAUUGCUGCUUUUGGAACAACAGGUUGUCUUUAUUUAUCUAAUGAACAGCAAGAACAUUUUACUUUUAGUGAUGUGUUAGUUAAGAUGGUUGGCUCAGUGUUUUAAUGCACAGACAGACACUUGUCCACACUUUUUACAACUCAAAUACUUUUAAAGAUACUCCCUUUGUGUCUAUGAAGUUAUUAUUUUCUGACUUAGCGAAGUGUCUUAGCUAUGUAGUGAAACAAUCAAAACACACUGUGGGUACAGUACAGACUGUAAUAAGCCUUGUCAGUUUUUACCACUGUACAUUUGUGCACUGUUUAUUUAAUUUUUUCAGCAGAAGCUAAAUCAGAGAUUGAUAGCUUAUUUUGAUUUACCUGAGGUUUUUGUACGUGCUCUACUCUUACUGCAUACAGUGUUUUUCACAAAACAUUUGUUAGAAAAAGGUGAAGACAAUACAAUCAUACAAUUGAAUGUACAGAAAUAGAUUCUGAAACUAUUUUAGUCCUUAUAGAAUGAAAUCAGUGUCUUUUUGUUUAUUGAAAUCUUCUUCAGGUAUUAUUGUUGAGUCAUUGUGCAUUUCUACGGCCAAGUGAAUGUUUUUACCUUUUCUGCUGUAUGACUGUUGGUAUACCAUGGUUGCUGAUUGGACUGUGUACUAUACAGCUUGUCAUAAGUGCCAUAGCCUGUUCACUUGUGUCAUGGGUGGUUGCCUGUUGUCUCCUACCAUGUAUUAUACAAAGCUUUGAUUUGAGGCUAUAUGCAAGACCAGCGUUGAUUGUAUGACAGACUAUCUUUCUGUCUAUGCCAUAGCUUUUACUAUGGAUGUAGACAUGGCUUUCUAACAUAUUCUACAUAUCAGGGGUGUUCUCAUACACUGUCCAAAGACAUUACUUGUUUCUUAUGGUCUCAUUGUACUUUAAAACUAUUUAGAAAGCUAGAGACAUUACAUUUGCUUUCUUGGAUGGAGCUUAGAGUUACCUUUCCUUCCUGAAUUUUCAUGAUUGACUUCUAUGGUUGAGGGACUCAAGUAUUGAAUAGGUUGGUUGUAGGUUUGUUCUUUACUGCUCUUACACAGGAGUGGCUGGAAGACUUUACACCACUUAAAUGUAUAUAGAUAUUGUUAUCUUUUUUAUAUUGAUUAUUUAUUCAUUGUCACAUACUCUGUAAACCUCUCUUCUACAGCACCCAGUUCCUUGCUAAUUUCUAUUUAAAGUGGAACUGGCUUUGGUUCUGGGCUCCAGAGCUUCAUGGUUGUAUUUAGCUAAUUAUGCUUUACAGUGUCUUUCGCUGUCUUUUUCAGUGGGCAUUAUCUCCCGUUGAUUUCGUAAUAUAUUUGUGAUAAAACCAGUGCAUUGAUACUCUGCAAAAAUCACAUGUAGGAGAAUGGUUAUUCUUUAAAAUAAUCAAUAGCUUAUGUACCCGUAUGACUGCAGAAGCCAGGGUUUAGUUUCUCUGAAAUCCUAAUGUUGAACUCAGGGAAAGCCCUUUAAAGAGGAGCUACUUUGAAAGGAGAGAUAUGUGUUUUAUGUGUCUUCCCUAUAGCCUAUAGAAUGGGUUGCCGGAAAACCCAUGCAGAACAUUGAUUGCCAAAAAAGCCAAAAGGGCAGUGCACUAUUUACACGUUACUAUGACGUUAAUGUAGUACAGCUAGCUAUAUUUAAUUUUAUAUCCUAGUGUUGCUCUCUUCUGACUUAAUUGGUGAUCAAGUUGUCAGAAGGUGUAGGUAUUAGAGUAGCAUGAUAUUUCCUUUGAGACUCAGCGGUACUUCUAUGGUCUCCCUCUGGAAGUGGCACACAAUAAAUCUGAAGCACCUAACCAUCUACCUCCCCCUUUUGGUGGUUAUUGUACAUAUACGGCUUCGUCACAAUAUUAAUAUAAUGUUGUUUAUUUCAGUGUUUGAUUUGCAUGGUAGUCAGUAGUUAGAGUAGAGCAGAGUAUAGACAAAGCAUGUUUAUGGCCUUUCAAUUGCUUUUGUUGAUAGGCUAUUAACAUCUACCAUUUAAUGACACAGUUAUAUUGGUUUGAGCCAACUAUUUUUCCCCUUCUUGUAUUUAGUCUUUUACACCUAAUUUCCAGAGCGCAGACAAAUAGUCUACUCUUCUUAUUUCAUUUAGAAUGCAUUGGUGGUGGAUUUUAUUUAAUUUUUAUUAUUAUAUGAGAAUGAGACAGUAAUGCCUUGUUAAGAAUCUAUACAAGUCUACCUCAGGAUGUUUUUGAAAAUGUGUAUAAUGGACAAUGACUGAGUUUUUUUUUGGAUCCAGAUCGAUUUGUCCAUUCAUUUUGUGAGAUUGGUUUUGAAUGAUUCCUUUGUUUGCUUUUAUAGAUUUUUGUUUAUUUGAAUGAUUUCUUUGUUAGAAUUUGCAAUGCAAUGUGUUCUACCUCCCACAGAAAUGCUGUUUCCGUUUUUUGUUGCUUUUCUUUUAUUAUUAUACAUUAUCUGAACCAAUACAUCAAAUACAUAUUUGUAUUAUUCUAUGUGUUGAUAUUGUUUUGUAUGUAUAACAUUAUAAUAGCCAAAGGAGAAUAUUGUUCAAAAGUUACUGGGGGUAUGUGACAACAGUGCCUCUUGAACAAACCACCUUAUCUGUACUUACCAGGACAGGCAAACGCCCUAACAACUACAAGAACAGCCCUCCGCAAAGGAAAAAAAACAAGGUGUCUUUUUUUGUUUAUGUAGGCGUAUGACACCAGGCAUGUGACACUACACCUACUUAAAAAAGUGUAAAAUAUAGUCAUAUACCAAGACUUAUUUUCUGUAAGCAUCAGUUUAAUUUUGUUACAAAUCUACCUCUUUUGAUACACAGUGAUGUGGUCAAACAUGGCGGUUUGUUAAAGCUUUGGUUAUGUAGUACUUUCUCAGGAGUUGAAAGCAUGGUUUACUGACAUGUCUGGGAGCUCCAUGGGGCAAUGCGUUUC